UCUCCCUCUCGUCUCUUCUGUGUACUGUGUGCACACAACUGAGCCAGGAAAGAUGCAAACUCUGGUCUCAUACCUUUCUCUCAACCCUUUCCCUUCUCUCUCUAAAACCAACAACAAAAACAAAAACAAACCCAAACCCUUCCUCUGUUCCUGCUUCUCUUCUCAUCCUCUCUCACUCACUCUCCCAGCAUCUCAACUCCAACCUCAAACCCAUCUCUCUCCAAUUUCCUCAUCAAAACCUUGGCAAUCUCUGAACCACAAGCCGUUUCCAUCUCCAACCGCUUCUCAUCGAGAAAAUCCCUAGAAAAGCCACACUCCGUGGUUCAAUUUCUCAAGCAACUAGGCUUCUCCGACGACCAAAUUCGAUCCUCCGUUCGGUCCAGGCCCCAGAUCCUCUUCUCCGACGUGGACAAGACUUUGAAGCCCAAGCUGCACUUUUUUCUGGGCCUGGGUCUCUCUGGUCCUGAGUUGGGUAAGUUAAUUUCAACUCAUUCUCACGUUCUGCUUGAUAGUUUGGAGAGAACAUUGAUACCCUGCGUUGACAUUAUCAAGAACACCCUCAUAAACGACAAAAACAAUCAGGAUUUGAUUCGGGUUCUGCAGAGGACCUAUGGGGGUUGGGUCUUUUCAAAACCAGUAUCGAGAUUGAAAUAUAACAUUGCCUUCUUGGAGAGCUGCGGCAUUGUUGGGCCCCAGCUCUCAUAUCUUUUGAAGAGGCAACCUCAGCUUUUCUUCAUAUGGACCUUAUUUCGCGUGUUUUAGAUAUGGGGUUUUUUGUUGAUUCGAGGAUGCUGGUUCAUGUUGUGCACGCAGUUUGUAGCAUAAGUGGUGAGACUUUUAGCAGGAAGAUUGAAUUGUUUAGGAAUUUUGGGUUUUCGGAGGAGGAAUGUAUGGAUAUGGUAAGGAGGACUCCGGCGUUACUUAUAGUUUCCGAAGGGAAGUUGAAGUUGGGGAUAGAUUUUUUCUUGAAGGAGGUGAAGUUGGGAAGGAAUGCGUUAGUUAGUUAUCCUAUUUGUCUAAUGUUCAGCAUGGAGAAGAGAGUAGUUCCUCGUUAUAGAGUUUUAAGGGUUAUCAUGUCAAAGGGGCUGUUACAGAAGGAACCUAGUUUAAGUUAUUUAUUGACUAUCUCAGAAGUGGAGUUUCUGGGAAGAUUUAUAUCUAGGUUUCCAGAUGAUGGAAAGGAAAUCUUGGAGAUUUACAAGGGUGACCUUUUGGAUUCUUGACUCUUCAAUGAAAUAAGAAUUGGGAGCCCUUCGUUCAUUGCUGUUGCAGCAAUGUUGCACUUUGGGUGUAGUUUGUGGCCAGAAACCUCCCUAUGGGGGAGCCAUGGAAGCUAUGGAAUUGGAACCAUAACGGGAAUUAGACUUGUUUUGUCCCAAGCUCGGAGAAGCUUUCUUUGAUAUAUAUGCUCACUCUGAUAGUCGGAUUUGGGUGGUAAAAGUUUAUUUAGAAGUGAAAAAUUGUUGCACUAUGGUAUUACAUGUCGUAAUCUGAUAGCGUGCUUUUAGGAUGGACUGUGUUGAACCUUUUGGGAAGGAGACCUAUUGUUGGGCCCGGAGUGCCUCCAUGGAUUUGGUUACACAAUGUCAUCCCCUGUGAUCGUUCUAAAAACAGACUUGCAAGUGCGUUGUAGAAUGUCAUAAAAGACUUAAUUGAAGCCCUCCUAGCACCAAUUGGUUUUAGUAGAGAUGGUGGAAGAGCGGUCUGAACCUAUGAAGGAUGACUGCUUCAUAUAGUUACUGAAGAAGAUAUCUAUUAGAGAUGCAGAAAGUCUACAACAAUAAAUGUUGGUUUGAUUCAGGUAAAAAUUUGAAGUGAAUACGAGAACUUGUUACCUCUCCUGUCAUGUUGUUUUUCUGAAAUGUACAUAGAUUUUGUUGACUUUGAUCAUUGGGUUAGAAACUUGUGUGAGUUGUGUUAUUUUUAAUUUUGUUUUCAGUGUUUAGAGUUUGGUGCUUGUACUGAUACCUGAUUCUUUUGGUGUCCAUGAAAAUUGAUCAUCAUUUUA